AUGGAAAAUGACUUCCACUUGCUUCCCCGCCAGAUCUGGGCGAAUCCAACACCGACUACGACGAAGACUUAUUCACCCGGCUGUACGCCUGUUGUAUUGCCCAGUGAUGGACUGGUAUAUUUCAACAACUCAUAUGCUGUUACUCUCACCGAAAACGCCAUCUUCGAGCCUGUCUGUACAAGCUCCCCAACCGACGAGGUUCACAUCUCCGCCGUCCUCGAUACCCGCGAUCCAUUCUAUUCCUCCGUUACCCCACAGCUAUAUGCCAUCGGUUGCGCGACUGUCGUUAGCUAUCUCCUCGUCAUCAUCCUUCUCAUCACACCGCGAACAUUCUACGUCGGCGGCCCCGGUGGCGGCGCCAAUUUCCUCGGCCGCCAUGGGAUGAUUAGCGGCUCAUAUAGCGGGAACUCGUCGGUUGUCGGAGUCGGUGGACGACCAUGGCUGCAGAAAGUGGCUGCGAUCUUGGUUGCGAUCUCGUUGACUAUCGCCACGGUCGAUUCCUUCCGAGUCGCUGAGCGGCAGUAUGAAUAUGGAUAUUCCGAUGCAGAGGCGCUUUCCCAGGAGGUUAUCGACGGAAUGGAAAUUCGCAUCGUGCGCGUCAUAUCGAGCACGUUUCUGUGGCUUGCGCAGGUCCAGACGUUAAUUCGAUUGUUCCCGCGACAUAAGGAAAAAGUUAUGAUCAAAUGGGCUGGCUUUGCGUUGAUCGUGCUGGAUACGACUUUUAGUAUUUUGAAUAAUUUUUGGGCGACGAGUUCUCCGACACGACCCAGGCUAUACGAGGAUGCCAUUCCUGCUUUGAGUUACUUGUUCGAGUUGUCGCUUAACCUUCUCUAUGCCGCUUGGGUGAUCUUCUACUCGAUAUCUAAGCACCGAUACGCGUUUUUCCACCCCAAGAUGCGGAAUAUCUGCUUGGUGGCUCUUCUUUCGCUAUGUGCCAUUUUGAUACCCGUCGUCUUUUUUGUUUUGGAUAUUGCCAAGCCGGAAAUUGCUGGCUGGGGUACCUAUAUUCGAUGGGUUGGUUCUGCCGCGGCCAGUGUGGUGGUUUGGGAGUGGGUGGAACGCAUUGAAGCGCUGGAACGAGAUGAAACCAAAGACGGAAUUCUCGGGCGAGAGGUUUUCGACGGCGAUGAAAUGCUUGAAGUCACUCCUUCUGAGGAAGUUGACUGGCCACGUUUCACGGGUCAAGGGCACGACCAAGGUGGGGGAGCUGCACCACCACCACACAACCACGCUGCUACGUCGGCCCCCCGGGGCCCAAACGAUAACCGGCCGACUCCACCUCCAGCGGUGAUCACACCGAUCAGCCGUGCUGAUACUACUAGUGCAACAAGCACAGUGUACAAUGUCCGGUAUCAUUCAGUGGCUAGUCCUACACCUCCUGCCGCAAUGCCAAAUAUGCACGAGGAGGAGGAAUUGGAUGAAGAUAAGGAGCUGGAAGGCGCGGAGUCGCAUACCCCUAAUCCAAAUGGCCAUCCUCUUUCUGCUCAAAACACCCGAGAGCAGUCACCGCAGAUUGUCCAAGCCGAUCCGCGAUGGCAUGUUCUCCUGCACCCAUUCAAGAGGCGACGUGCAUCUCUACCGAAAGAAGUGGCAUCUGCACAAGCCGGAGAAGAAUUCUCCGAACACAGAGCAUCUGCAGCAGCAGAAGAGGCCGAGGCAGAAGCAAAUGCUGCUCGGUCUCGAGCCGAUCACUUCUUUUCUCUCCAUCGGAAAGCCCGACUAGGCACCGGACCACAAAAUGCCGACGGCUCAUUACCAGUCACUGUUAUUCCAGCGCGUCGUCGCGGCCAACACACAUGGUCACCGCAAAAUCGACUGCUAGAGGACACCCAGCCACCUGGAGAGAGUCGACCAGUCCAACCCACUCAACAUCGCGAGCCACCCUCCAAUCGUCCCAACUUACCAGUGCGGGUGAUUCCUUCUCGACCACAAGCGUCUGCUCCAUGGACAGAGGCAGACGUAGAGCGAGGAGGUGGAGACUAUGUCCUACACUAUGACCCGGAAGCUGCGGCGCUGGUCAACGAGGACAUCAGCCAUUUGGAUCGGAAUGAUCGCAAUGAUCAUGUCACAGAUUACGAUCAACAAAGUUGGACAGAUACGACAUACUCGGAAGAACGAAACGAUGUGUCAGCGGAACAGACAAGCCGUAGACCACCCGAUGCCGAAUCCCACUCUGAGCACGGACCUUACAACGAACAGCAUGGCUCUUCAUAA